UGGUGCAGGAAGAGAACGAGGCCCGCUUUUGAAAAGUAUUGCAUGGCCUUUUCGAUGCAUGUUUCGACAUAGUCUUUCCCAAUUCAAUACAAAGUUGAUUGAGCUCCCUGUACAAUAUGGCUACCAGACCACCCCUUUCACCCCCGGUGAAUGAGACCGAGCACACCGCCAGCCGGAUCACUCGCGAUGGAAAGAAGAUUACAUACUACCUCAAAAUAACCCAACAACCCGAACGUGCACGAGCAUGCGGUGCAGGCGCCAAAUCGUCUGCGGACCGUCGCCCUGUUGAUCCUCCACCGGUUGUCCAGUUACAUAUAUACGAGUCCGACCCCAAGGAUGACCGGCAUAGGACAGACAUCACCUUCGCCUACAACGCCAAUUUCUUCCUGUUUGCUACCCUAGAAACGGCCCGGCCGAUGGCUCAAGGACGACUUGCUCCGACCCCGACAUUUCCAGUUCUCACAGGCGUACCGGUGGCAGGCGUGGCAUACUUGGACCGUCCGGUCCCGGCUGGAUACUUCAUUUUCCCCGAUCUUUCCGUCCGGCACGAGGGUGUCUACCGGUUAAGCUUCCACUUGUACGAGGAGACCAAGGACAGCAAGGAUGCGGAUGAAGGAACUCCAAUUCUGUCACCUGUGAUGAAGGUGAACGGUUCUAAGCCUUCGGCGCCAAGAUCGUUCUUGAACUUCCGUCUCGAAGUUGUCUCCGUCCCGUUCACGGUUUUCAGUGCCAAGAAAUUCCCCGGAUUAACCACCAGCACUUCCUUGAGCCGGGUCAUUGCAGAGCAGGGUUGCAGGGUUCGCAUUAGGCGCGACGUCCGGAUGAGACGACGGGGAGACAAGCGUUCUGACGACUAUGACUUUGAUGACGACAGAUCCUACCCCGGCCCCCUGCCAGAUCAUGGUUCGGCUCAUGAUGCUUACCCCAACCCUGCCGAGCGUCCUCGAUCCACCAGUAUUGGUUCCAUUGGUCCUGCUUCCUCUUACGGGGGCGAGGACCCCCGCCGGCUAUCUGCAACAGAGUAUGGCUUCCCGAAUUCUCAGACGUAUCCGCGUCAGGUCCCGCCUGCGGCUGUACCUCCGCCGUCUUCGACCCCAACGCCAGUUGCCCCAAUUGCGCCUUCGUCUCGCAGUUCCUCAUAUACUUCACAUCUUUCGUUCGGCGCGACGCGGGCCCAAUACUCAGCUCCGCAGCUACCCGGAACUCCUCAGUCCGCAACCACCCCUACGCAAGUAUACUCUCCGCACCCGUCGUACUCCCACACCAGAAACCCGUCGACAAGCACCGAGGUCGAGUCUGCACCCCCUGGCUAUCCUCCGUCUUCUCGGCUGCCAACCGAGCGUUCCGAGUAUCCCAAGCUCUUGCCACCUAUCCGCACGUGGCAUCAUUCGGAACCUCCUACAAAUCGAGCCGUGGAUCCCUUUGUACCUCGUGCCCAAACACCCACGAAUCCAGCCUUUUCGCUUCCGCCCAUCACAUCCAUAGCCACUGAAUAUCCGAACAACCCAUCUCGACCACCGGUCCAUAUUGCCCCGAAGCUGAACAACCCACCUCAACCACCGAACCAUAUUGCCCCAACUGCGCACAAUCCACCUCAACCACCGAGCCACAUUGCCCCGACUCCAAACCUUGACCGAAGGAGAAAUUUCUGGGAAACGAUUACGGCAGCUUCAUCGAAGCGACCUCACGAAGAUGCGUUUGGGCAUAGUGAACGUGCACUAUACAAUGGCAUGCGCCCCGACUCGGACCUCCACCCUAAUAUGAACCGUAGACCGUCGGACGUGCACCGGGCGGCGGUGCUCAACAACGGGGAGGAGAUGGCAUACCGACGAGCUAAUGGGAGAAUGGCCAUAAAAAUCUCCCCGGUGGUCCCAUGAAAUCUGCAGCAUUGAAG